AUGCUCGUCCUCGUCACCGGAGCCGCGGGCUUCAUUGGCAGUCACACCGUCCUCGAGCUGAUUGAGGCCGGCUAUGAAGUCUACUGCAUCGACAACUUCAGUAACUCAAUCUCAGACGAAUCAGGAAAUGCCCUGUCACUAAAACGCGUCGAGGAGCUGACCGGGAAGAAGAUUGCCUUUGAGAAGGCCGAUGACUGGAAUAUUGUUAUCCUGCGCUACUUCAACCCCGUCGGCGCGCAUCCUUCCGGAAAAAUCGGCGAAGACCCGCAGGGAAUCCCAAACAAUUUGAUGCCAUUUGUUUCGCAGGUGGCCAUUGGGCGGCUGCCGGCGGUCUCGAUUUUCGGGACAAAGUGGGCAACUCCUGAUGGUACGGGCGUUAGAGACUACAUUCACAUUGUCGACUUGGCGAAGGGCCACGUGAAGGCUCUAGAUCGGAUCAAGAAAGAAGGGCAUGUAGGCACCGAAAUCUUCAACCUCGGGACUGGCCGCGGUUACUCCGUCCUCGAGAUGCCCGGUACCCGACGACUCGACACGCUGGUGAACCGGACGAGCGGGAAGAGCAGCUCCCAAGUCGAGAAGCUAAUCAUGACCGGGAAGGUACGCGUCAACGAGGAUUCCGUGACGAAGAAGUCUUACAAUGUACAAAAAGGUGAUAUCGUCGACAUUUGGGGCAAAGCACACGACGAGAAUAGCGCCCUUGCACUGGUUGACCGUGCUGAAGUCGUCGACUACGAGGUGACGGCUAAUGGAUACGAUAUUACGAUUAAACACUGGCGGAAUUUCUUGGUCGACAACUGGCGAGGAGGA